CCUGCAGAAAAGUCUACUAGCUAUCUCACAAAGCAAUACGUUACUCCAACACCACCUCUACUACAGGCCUUGUUACUGAGGUAUAGAAGAGAAUUGGCAACCGCGCCUGGAGGUACCUCUGAAAACAUUUUAAUCUUUGAAGCUCAACCUAUGCGCGUUUAUGCACAACGGAUAAGAUGCCUCCGAGUACAGUUGUCAGAUUUAAGCAACAAGGCCUUUUUUUUUGUUUGUUCUGGCCAUGUCAAGCAGCGGCGGGCGUCUGUGUACCUCAUGCGGUUUAUAGACACCCAUCCGCCAGGCAGGAGAGGGACGAACGAUGUUCGUACAUGCCUAGGCGUGGGGUGGGUGGAGGCAGCAUGUUGUUUGGCGACUCUCAGAGAGAGGACGCCACACAACAUGACCUAUGUUGUACCACCCCCAUUGUUUUGCCUGGCUGCUGGAUUUGAACCCACAACCAUUAGGUUGGCAAGCCAAACCCAACACCACAACUCCACAAUGGCGACUAAGCAACAAGGCCUGCAGUGGAGGUGGUGUUGGUUACUCACCAGGCCUAUAGCGAGGAGAGGGGGGAG